CCACCGCCUCCUCUAAUCCGCCGGUGGUAGCAUCCCCUUCCUCCUGCCCACCGCCAGCACUGACGUUUCAAAUCUGCCACAAGCUCGCGUCCGACGAAUUCUACUUCCCUAGCGCGGGAUUUCUUGAGGUCGGAGCUGGCGCCGCCACCAUCUGGCAGGAUCCACAAUCGUCAACGAUUGACUGGAGUUGAAAUAGCUCAAGAAUUAUGACGAUCAUACUCUUGUAGUAGAAAAUAGAAAUGACACGACCAAAUUAAACGCGCCCUCCCAAAUCCCAAUCCCACCUCCAAAAGCCGCACUUCCAUUUCGCCUCCCCAAUCCCCACGCCACCCCACGGGCCACGGCGAGGGUCCCAGCCCUAGCGAGAUCACGAGGUCGAGGCAUGUCGAUGGCGGCGCUCCCGGACGACCUCGUCGACCAGAUCCUCUUCCGCCUCCCGUCCGACGACCCCUGGUGCUUCGCCCGCGCCUCCCUCGUCUGCAAGCUCUGGCGUGACCUCAUCUCCCACCCCACCUUCCUCCGCCGCCGCGCCCAGGCGCUCCGCCGUGCAGCCCCCUUGCUGCUGGGGUUCCUCCUCGACGAGGACGAUCGCGAAUACAGAGUCGACGAGCGCGCCCUCGCCUUCUUCCCCACUUCCGCCUUCUCCCUCCCAAUCCCCGACGGCGGCCCCUGGUCGCCGAGCGACUGCCGCCACGGUCGCGUCCUCUUCUGCUCCGCGGGCCAGGGCGACACGGAGGAGUUCCUUGUCUGGGAGCCCGUCACGGACAAGCAGUGGGUAGUGCCGAUACCUGCGGCGCAGGAUCACCGGAUUCACCGGCCGCACCGCUACCCCAAUGCGGCCGUGGUCUGCGCGGCCGAAGGGUGCGACCAUCGCAACUGCCUCGGAGGUCCCUUCCGCGUGGUCGUCCUAUUUCCCCAGGAGAGGCCGGGCGACGACCUGAUCACGUGGGCGUGCGUCUACUCCUCGGAGACUGGCGCGUGGGGUAAGCUGAGCGCCGUCCCCAACAUCUGCUCCUAUUACGCUGAGUCCAGUGUGCUGGUAGGGAGCUCUACACUCUACUCCUUCUCGAACUACGGGGACAUCUUCGAGUACAACUUGUCCACACAGAGCUUAGCUUUGAUCUACCCACCUCAAGACAAGGAUCAACUUUGGCGUGCAGUAAGCAAUCACGGAAUGGUCCUCAUGGUGGCGGAGGACGGUGGACUGGGAAUUGCCGAGGCCGACGAGUGGCUUCUCUGCCUUUGGUCAAGUAAGGUGAAUGACGCCGGUGUUGCAGAAUGGGUGUGUUACCGGGAGAUCCGCCUGAGCAUUGGCAGUUCGCUCCCAAAAGCCGCUCUCUCAGGAUGGGGACCUAUUAUGAUGGGAUUCGCUGAGGAAGCAAUUACCAUUUUUAUGAGCACCUCUGCUGGCAUCUAUAUAAUCGAUCUCAAGUCAGGCCGGGUGAAGAAGGUGUGCGACCAUGAAUUCUCCUUCAAAAUUUUGGUUCCAAUUGUCAGCUCAGGCCAUACACUCCCAGCACCUCGAUGCGAGUACCAGUACCCACCGUCGCCCACAUCUAGUGAGGAGGAGGAGGCGGACUCUUACCCAGUAAAGGAGGAGGAGGUGGUGGAGAAAGCACUAGAGCGGUCGCAUGAGCUCUUUGUAAAGGGGCGUAUGGCCAUCGAGCAACCGGACUUUGUCAACGGCAUUGACUGCCUCAGCCACGCCCUCGAGAUCAGGGCUGCACGUGACGGUGAACAUACUCCAGGAUGUGCCUUGCUCUACAAAGCUCAGGAAGAGGCAGUGAAGAGUGCAACCAGCAAAGCUUUUGCUGGAAACCCAAAGGCCUCUGGCAGCACUGUUGAGUGUGCCCCAUCUUUGGAGCAAGCUGGUACUGAAGAAGGGCAAAACUCAAAUGGCAUAGCUCAGGAAGAUAGAAAAGAUGAUGGUGACAAGUAUCAUGAUGAGAUGGGAGGUGAUGAAAAUGAUUCUGAUUUGAACCUGUCCUGGAAAAUGCUGAAUAUUGCAAGAACAAUAGUUGAGAAGAGCCUAGGUAACACUAUGGGGUGUGUCGUCUCUGCUCCAGGAGAAGCUGCAUCUGAUGCUGAAGGAAGCUCAAAAUCCUUUCAAGAAGACGAGAUAGAGCUUCGUACUGGCAUAUUGGCUGAACUCAAUAAGCUUGAAGACCUGGAGCAAGCAAUGACAACCCCAAGUACUGCCACAGUUGAGAUUAUGAUGAAAGUUGCCUCACAGGCAGAACAUAACGUUGACAAUACUUUGAUAAUGGUUGCACCAUUGAUUUCUUCACAGAUGGACGGAUUAAACGACAGCUUUGACUCCCCAGUCAUGCCUAAAUCAACAACAGGAAAUGCUGGAAGUAGUGUAACUGACCUAGAUGAUGUAGGCGGAGGCAUCAGACGAGCCAACGACGAGCCUUCCUGCGGUGAACCUUCUCCAAAGAGGCUUGCAGUUGCAGCAGAUGAUUCACCAUGAUAGCAACCAGAUAAAAGUUGUAAAAUUACAAAAGUAUGCCUGGAACUUUGUAUGAGGAUGUUCCAGUUCCCCCGUUCUGUUCCUCAAUACAGUACAGCACAAGUAGCUGCAGAAAACAGCUUGCUGCAAUUCAGUAUCUAUCAUCGGUAGAACCUGCAGAAUGACGUUGCUUGUUUCUCGUAGAAAUACUGUUUGUUCCGGUCCAAGAUGCGAAUUUGAUCUCA